AUGGCGACGGUGCCAGGGCAGCUCAUAUGGGAGAUCGUGAGGAAGAACAAUUCGUUUUUGGUGAAGCAGUUUGGUAAUGGAACUGCCAGCGUCAAGUUCAGCAAGGAGCCCAACAAUCUCUACAAUGUGCACUCCUUCAAGUACUCAGGGCUGGCAAACAAGAAAACGGUGACCAUUCAACCUGGCAAGGACCAGUCCGUGCUUCUUGCAACAACGAAGACAAAGAAGCAGAACAAGCCCGCCAAUAUGCUUAACAAGUCCGUCAUGAAGAAGGAAUUUCAGCGCAUGGCCAAGGCCGUUGAGAACCAGGUGGCAGAUAACAACUACAGGCCCGAUUUGAAGAAGGCAGCCCUUGCCAGAUUGAGUGCAGUCAACCGAAGCCUCAAGGUUGCCAAGUCUGGUGUCAAGAAGAGGAACAGACAGGCUUAA